AUGGCGGGAUAAUUUUGAAUUAGUGGAAUUCUGGGAUUUGACGGAAGGUGUCAUGCAAAGAGGAUUGACAUGAUUGGAGAUGCGCACGCAGACAAUUUUUCUGAAAAAUAAAUUGAGGUUGGGGUUGAGAGCUCUUUCCAAAAAUUUUUGAAUCAUGAAAAAGAAGUGAGAAAAUGUCUGUCAAUGCCGUUGGUCACAUACUGCGACGCCUGAAAAUUUCUUGUGGAGGAACUUCGGCGUUGAGGUACUCGACAUCAUGUGGACCUCCAACUGCUCCACCUCCAACGAAUUACAUGGCAUUGCCUCCUGGUCUUCACCUCAGCCCUUUGCCCACCCUCAGGCUAGACCUUCCUCUGUCCAACAAUUGGAUCCACCGAAGGAUAAUCGAGAACCCCUUGAGUCCCUCCCCUGCUAUUAACGACCUUCCGAAAUCAAUAAUUCCGAUAUCAGAGAAAGCCCCUGAAGAAUCCCUGGACCUCCCCUCCCAGAAGAUAAUCGAGAAAGAGGCAGCUCGACUUAUUGUCAUCAGACGCCGGAAAAUGCGUCGUCACAAGCUGAAGAAACGCCGCAAGCGCAUGAAAUUCGUCUGGAGGAAAUUCAAGCAGAAGAGAGAACUCAGAAAGGAGAAGGCAUUUCAAGCUGAACUCCUGGGGCAAAUACGGGAGGCUGAAGCGUUCGAUGCUAAAAGCUACGUUGAUUCAAAAUUAAAAAUCCUCGACAACGUCAGACUCCCCAGCAAGUGGCGAGGAGAAGUCCUCCCUGAACACAUGAUUAGACAAUUUGUCAAGGAAAAGGAGCACAAGAGGUGGUUAAAACGAAAUCGUCCACGAAUCAGUCUCGAUUGAAUUUUCAAUUAUGUAUAAUACUUGCUAGACAAAUGAAGGAAUAAACAAGUGGAUCACUGCA